AAAUGUAUGGAAUGUGACAAAAGCUUCAGCCAGAGAGGUUCUCUUACUUCCCAUAAAAGACUCCACACAGGAGAGGAACCAUAUAAAUGCUUGGAGUGUGGAAAGAGUUUCAAAUGGACAGGUCAGCUUACUUCACAUAAAAGGGUCCAUACAGAUGAGAGACUGUACAAAUGCAUGGCAUGUGGAGAGUGCUUCAAAUGGAGAGGUGAACUUACUUUGCAUAAAAGACUUCACACCGGAGAGAAACCCUAUAAAUGCAUGGAGUGUGGAAAGAGCUUCAACCAUACUGGUAGCCUUAUUUCCCAUAAAAGGAUCCAUACCGGAGAGAAACCAUAUAAAUGUACAGAGUGCGGAAAGAGUUUCAGAUGGAGAGCUCAGUUUACUUCACAUAAAAGAAUUCAUACAGGAGAGAAACCAUAUAAAUGCAUGGAGUGUGGAAAGAGCUUCAGCCAGAGGAGUUCUCUUACUUCCCAUAAAAGACUCCACGUAGAACGAUCCUAUAAAUGUACAAAAUGUGACAAAGUUUUCAGUCAGCGCAUUAGUCUUACUUCCCAUAAAAGGCUUCAUACUGUGGAGCGACCGUACAAAUGUUCAGAGUGUGGAAAGAGUUUCAGAUGGAUAGCUCAGCUUACUUCACAUAAAAUAAUUCAUACAGGAGAGAAACCAUAUAAAUGCAUGGAGUGUGGAAAGAGCUUCAGCCACAACAGUUCCCUUGCUUUACAUAAAACAGUCCACACUGGAGAGCAACCCUAUCAAUGCCCUGAAUGUGGGAAGUGUUUCAGACAGAGUAGUUCUCUUACUUCCCAUAAAAGGAUCCAUACUGGAGAGAAACCAUAUAAAUGUACGGAAUGUGACAAAAGCUUCAGCCAGAGCUGUUCUCUUACUUACCAUAAACGGAUCCACACUGGAGAGGAACCAUACAAAUGCACGGAGUGUGGAAAGAGUUUCAAACAGAGCAGCAGCCUUGUUUUCCAUAAAAGGCUCCACACGGGGGAAAAACCAUAUAAAUGUUCGGAGUGUGGAAAGAGCUUCAGGAAGAGUAGUAACCUCAUUUCCCAUAAAAAGCUCCAUACAGGAGAGAAACCAUAUAAAUGCAUGGUGUGCGGAAAGAACUUCAGGCACAGCUGUUCCCUUGCUUUACAUAAAACAGUCCACACUGGAGAGCAACCAUAUCAAUGCACUGAAUGCGGGAAGUGUUUCAGGCAGAGCAGUUCUCUUACUUCCCAUAAAAGGAUCCAUACUGGAGAGAAACCAUAUAAAUGUGCGGAAUGUGGCAAAAGCUUCAGCCAGAGCAGUUCUCUUACUUACCAUAAACGGAUCCACACUGGAGAGGAACCAUACAAAUGCACGGAGUGUGGAAAGAGUUUCAAACAGAGCAGCAGCCUUGUUUUCCAUAAAAGGCUCCACACUGGGGAAAAACCAUAUAAAUGUUCGGAGUGUGGAAAGAGCUUCAGCAAAAGCAGUAAUCUUACUUCCCAUAAAAGGAUCCACACAGGAGAACGACCCUAUAAGUGUACAGAGUGUGGCAAAGAGUUCAGUCACUGCAGUAGUCUUACUUCCCAUAAAAGACUUCAUACUGUGGAGCGAGCAUAUAAAUGUUUGGAGUGUGGAAAGAGCUUCAGCAAGAGUGGUAACCUAAUUUCCCAUAAAAAAGUCAAAAUGGAAGAGAAACCAUAUAAAUGCAUGGAGUGUGGGAAAAGUUUCAGCAAGAGCAGCUCCCUCACAUGCCACAAAAGAAUCCAUACAGGGGAGAAACCCUAUAAAUGUAUGGACUGUGGGAAGAGCUUCAUCAAGAGCAGUCACCUUCUUUCUCAUAAAAGGAUCCACACGGGGGAAAAGCCUUAUAAAUGUACCGAGUGUGGAAAGAGCUUCAGGUGGAGUAGUCAGCUGACUUCCCAUAAAAGGAUCCAUUCUGCUGUGAUACCCUACAAAUGCAACGAGUGUGGAAAGAGCUUCCGGGAAAAUGGAUCCCUUACUUCCCAUAAGAGAAUCCACACGGGGGAGAAACCGUAUAAAUGCACAGAAUGUGGGAAAAUAUUUAGGAGAAGCAGUUCUCUUACUUCCCACCAAAGGAUCCACACGGGAGAAAAACCCUACAAAUGUACAGACUGCGGAAAGAGCUUUAGUCAAAGCAGUAAUCUCAUUUCGCAUAAAAGGAGCCAUUCAGGGGAAAAACCCUAUAAAUGUAUGGAGUGUGGGAAAAGUUUCAUGUGGAACAGUCAGCUUACAUCGCAUAAAAGCGUCCAUACAGGGGGAAAACCCUAUAAAUGUACAGACUGUGGGAAGAGCUUCAGCAACAGCAGUCACCUGACUUCCCACAAAAGGAUCCACUCGGGGGAGAAACCUUAUACAUGUCUGGAGUGUGGAAAGGGUUUCCGUGAAAAUGGGUCUCUGACUUCCCAUAAAAGGAUCCACAGAGAAGAAAAACCAUGUCAGUGUAUGGAAUGUGGAAAAAUAUUUCAGAGGAAAAGUUCCUUUCUUUCUCAUAAAUGUAUCCGUACAGAAGAGAAACCCUAUAAAUGUCUGGACUGUGGGAAAAUAUUCCAAAAAAGCAGUUUCCUUAUUUCCCAUAAAAGAAUCCACACAGGGGAGAAACCAUUUAAAUGUAUGGAGUGUGGAAAGAGUUUCCGCGAAAAUGGAUCUCUGACUUCCCAUAAAAGGAUCCACUCGGGCGAGAAGCCCUAUAAAUGCACGGAGUGUGGGAAAUGCUUCUGGAGGAGCAGUUCCCUUUCUUGUCACAGAAGAAUCCACACGGGGGAAAAGCCCUACAAAUGCACCGAGUGUGGGAAAAGCUUCCGUGAAAAUGGAUCUCUUACAUCCCAUAAAAGGAUCCACACAGGGGAGAAACCUUACAAGUGCCCAGAGUGUGGAAAGAGAUUCAAUACAAGCAGCAAUCUUUCUUCCCAUAGAAGGAUCCACUCCAAGGAGAAACAGUAUAAGUGUGUGGAGUGUGGGAAGAGCUUUACCCAGAGUGCUUGCCUUAUUUCUCACAAAAGAAUCCACCGAGGGCAGAAGCCAUAUAAAUGUGUGGAGUGUGGGAAAAGUUUCAGAUGGAGCAGUCACCUUACUUCCCAUAGAAGGAUCCACACAGGGGAGAAGCCCUACAAGUGCAGGGAAUGUGGGAAAAUAUUCCGGAUAAGCAGUUCCCUAACUUCCCAUAAACGGAUCCAUACUGGGGAGAAACCAUAUAAGUGCAGGGAUUGUGGAAAGAGCUUCCGAGAAAACGGGUCCCUAACUGUUCAUAAAAGGAUCCACACUGGGGAGAAACCCUAUAAAUGCACAGAGUGUGGGAAAAGCUUCCGAAAGAGCAGUAACCUUACUUCCCACGUAAGGAUCCACUCUGUCAGCCUGGGGGAAAAACCGUAUAAAUGCCUGGAAUGUGGAAAACACUUCAGCAACAGCAGUUCUCUCACUUGCCACAGAAGGAUCCACACCGGAGAGAAACCCUAUCAAUGCUCGGAGUGUGGGAAGAGUUUCAGUAGCAGCAGCAACCUCACUGCUCAUAAAAGGAGUCACUCGGGAGAGAAACCCUAUCAGUGCCUGGAGUGUGGGAAAAGCUUUAGCACCAGCAGCAGCCUAACGUCCCACAAAAGGAGUCACUCGGGAGAAAAACCGUACAAAUGUGCCGAGUGUGAAAAGAGCUUCAGCACGAGCAGCAGCCUAACGUCCCACAAAAGGAGUCAUUCGGGAGAAAAACCCUAUAAAUGCCUGGAGUGCGGGAAGAGCUUUAGUACGAGCAGUUACCUUACCUCUCACAAGAGGAUCCACACGGGGGAGAAGCCGUACAAGUGCGCAGAGUGCGGGAAAAGCUUCAGCAACAGCAGUAGCCUCACUUCCCACAGGAGGAGCCACUCGGGGGAGAAGCCCUACAAAUGCCUGGAUUGUGGAAAGAGCUUCAGGAAAAGCAGCAACUUUGCUUCGCACAAAAGGAUCCACACGGGGGAGAAGCCCUACAAAUGCAGGGAGUGUGGAAAGAGCUUCAGUCAGAGCAGUGACCUCAUUUCCCAUAAAAGGAUCCACACGGGGGAGAAGCCGUACAAAUGCAUGGAGUGUGGGAAAAGCUUCAAUACCAGCAGUAACCGCGCUUCCCAUAAAAGGACUCACACGAGGGAGAAAAUCUACAAAUGGAUGAAGGUCCAUUUUAGCAAAAGUGCUAGCCUCUCUAAACAUAGAAGGAUCCAUGCCGGAGAGAAACCCUAUAAAUGCACAGACUGCGGAAAGAGCUUUAGGAAGACCGCUACUUUUAUUUCCCAUAAAAAGAUUCAUACAGAAGAGAAGCCUUAUAAAUGCUUGGAAUGUGGAAAGAGCUUCAGAAGAAGCAGUCAAGUUACUUCCCAUAAAUGGAUCCACACAGGGAAGAAGCCAUAUAUGUGCACUCAGUGUGGAAAGACCUUUACUCAGAAGGGUAACCUUAAUUCGCAUAAGAGGAUCCACACAGGGGAGAAGCCAUAUAAAUGUAUGGACUGUGGAAAGGGUUUCUGUGAAAAUGCAUCGCUUAUAAAACAUAAAAGGAUCCACACAGGGGAGAGGCCGUAUAUAUGCAAAGACUGUGGAAAGACAUUUACUCACAGCAAUCAACUUACUUGCCAUAAAAGGAUCCACACAGGAGAGAGGCCAUAUAAAUGUGAGCAGUGUGGGAAGGGAUUUACUAAUAGCAGUCAUCUUACUUCCCAUAAAAGGAUCCACACAGGGGAGAGGCCAUAUAAAUGCCAAGAGUGUGGAAAGAGUUUUUGCGAAAAUGGGCCUCUUACUGUUCAUAAAAGGAUCCACACAGGGGAGAAACCAUAUAAAUGCACAGAAUGUGGAAAGAGCUUUGGUGAAAAUUCAUCCCUUAUGAAACAUAAAAGGAUCCAUACAGGGGAGAAGCCAUAUAAAUGUAGAGAGUGUGGAAAGACCUUUACUCAUAGCAGUCAACUUAGUUCCCAUAACUGGAUCCACACAGGGGAGAAGCCGUAUAAAUGUGUGGAGUGUGGGAAGGGUUUUACUAACAGCAGUCAUCUUAAUUCGCAUAAAAGAAUCCACACAGGGGAAAAGCCAUACAAAUGUUUGGAAUGUGGAAAGAGCUUCAGUCACAAUGGUUCCCUUACGUCUCAUAAAAGGAUUCAUGCAGAAGAGAAACCAUAUAAAUCUGAAGAGCUUGGAAAGAGCUUUUCUAAAAAUGCGUCCCUUACAUCUCAUAAAAUGAUUCGGACAGAAGAGAAGCCUUAUAAAUGCUUGGAAUGUGGAAAGAGCUUCAGAAGAAGCAGUCAAGUUACUUCCCAUAAAUGGAUCCACACAGGGAAGAAGCCAUAUGUGUGCACUGAAUGUGGAAAGACCUUUACUCAGAAGGGUAACCUUAAUUCGCAUAAGAGGAUCCACACAGGGGAGAAGCCAUAUAAAUGUAUGGACUGUGGAAAGGGCUUCCGUGAAAAUGGAUUGCUUAUAAAACAUAAAAGGAUCCACACAGGGGAGAGGCCAUAUAAAUGCAGAGAGUGUGGAAAGACAUUUACUCACAGCAAUCAGCUUACAUGCCAUAAAAGGAUCCACACAGGGGAGAGGCCAUAUAAAUGUGAGCAGUGUGGAAAGAGUUUUACUAAUAGCAGUCAUCUCACUUCCCAUAAAAGGAUCCACACAGGAGAGAGGCCCUAUAAAUGCCAAGAGUGUGGAAAGAGUUUUUGCGAAAAUGGGCUUCUAACUGUUCAUAAAAGGAUCCACACGGGGGAAAAACCAUAUAAAUGCAGAGAGUGUGGAAAGACAUUUACUCACAGCAAUCAGUUUGCUUGCCAUAAAAGGAUCCACACAGGGGAGAGGCCAUAUAAAUGUGAGCAGUGUGGGAAGGCCUUUACUAAUGGCAGUCAUCUUACUUCGCAUAAAAGAAUCCACACAGGGGAAAAAUCAUAUAAAUGUGUGGAGUGUGGAAAGAGCUUCUUUGAAAAUGGGCCUCUUACUGUUCAUAAAAGGAUCCACACAGGGGAGAGGCCGUAUAAAUGCCAAGAAUGUGGAAAGACAUUUACUUACAGCAAUCAGCUUACCUGCCACAAAAGAAUCCACACAGGGGAGAGGCCAUAUAAAUGUGUGCAGUGUGGGAAGGGAUUUAUUAAUAGUGGUCAUCUCACUUCCCAUAAGAGGAUCCAUACAGGGGAAAAACCAUAUAAAUGUGCAGAGUGUGGAAAGAGCUUCCGUGAAAAUUCAUCCCUUAUGAAACAUAUAAGGAUCCACACAGGAGAGAAGCCAUAUAAAUGUGUGGAGUGCGGAAAGGGCUUUACUAAUAGCAGUCAACUUAAUUCACAUAAAAGAAUCCAUACAGGGGAAAAGCUAUAUAAAUGUGCGGAGUGCGGAAAGAGCUUCAGUCAUAAUAGCCACAUUACUUCCCAUAACUGGAUCCACACUGGGGAAAAGCCAUAUAAGUGUAUGGAAUGUGGAAAAAGUUUCAGUGAGAGCCGUUCGCUUACAUCUCAUAAAUGGAUCCAUACAGGGGAGAAGCCAUACAAAUGCAGACAGUGUGGAAAGGGCUUUGGUGAAAAUGCAUCCCUCGUGAAACAUAAAAGGAUUCACACAGGGGAGAAGCCAUAUAAAUGUGCGGAGUGUGGAAAGAGCUUUAUUCAGAGCAGUCAUCUGUCUUCCCAUAAAAGGAUCCACACAGGGGAGAAGCCAUACAAAUGCAGAGAGUGUGGAAAGGGCUUUACAAAUAGCAGUCAUCUUACUUCUCAUAAAAGGAUCCACACAGGAGAAAAGCCAUACGAAUGCAGAGAGUGCGGAAAGAACUUUACAAAUAGCAGUCAACUUAUUUCCCACAACUGGAUCCACACAGGGGAGAAGCCAUAUAAAUGUUUGGAGUGUGGAAAGAGCUUUACUAAUAGAAGUCAACAUACUUCUCAUAAAAAGAUCCACACAGGAGAAAAGCCAUAUAAAUGUGUGAAGUGUGGAAAAUCUUUUACUAAUAGCAGUCAACUAACUUCCCAUAACUGGAUCCACACAGGGGAAAAGCCAUAUAAGUGUCUUGAAUGUGGAAAAGGCUUCUGUCGAAGGAGUUCCUUUACUUCUCAUAAAAGGAUCCACACAGGGGAGAAGCCAUAUACGUGCAGAGAGUGUGGAAAGGGCUUUACUAAUAGCAGUCAUCUUACUUCCCAUAAAAGGAUCCAUACAGGGGAGAAGCCGUAUAAAUGUAUGGAGUGUGGAAAGAGCUUCUGUGAAAAUGGGUCUCUUAUGAGACAUAAAAGGAUCCAUACAGGAGAAAAGCCGUAUAAAUGCAUAGAGUGUGGAAAGGGUUUCUGUGAAAAUGGGUCUCUUAUGAGACAUAAAAGGAUCCACACAGGAGAGAAGCCGUAUAAAUGCAUAGAGUGUGGAAAGGGUUUCUGUGAAAAUGGGUCCCUUAUGAGACAUAGAAGGAUCCACACAGGGGAAAAACCAUAUAAAUGUGUGGAAUGUGAAAAGGGAUUCAGCCAACAGAGUAAACUUAUUUCCCAUAAAAGAAUCCACACAGGGGAGAAGCCAUAUAAAUGCUUGGAGUGUGGAAAGAUUUUUAUUCAGAGCAGUCACCUUGCUUCUCAUAAAAGGAUCCACACAGGAGAGAAACCAUAUAAAUGCAGAGAAUGUGGAAAGAGUUUUAUUCAUAGUGGUUCUCUUACAUUCCAUAAAAGGAUUCAUUUGGGGGAAAAGCCGUAUAAAUGUGGGGAAUGUGGAAAAGGCUUCUGUGAAAAUGCAUCCCUUAUGAAACAUAAAAGGAUCCACACAGGGGAGAAGCCAUUUAAAUGUGUGGAGUGUGGAAAGGGCUUCUGUGAAAAUGGGUCCCUAUUGAGACAUAAAAGGAUUCACACAGGGGAGAAACCAUAUAAAUGCAGAGAUUGUGGAAAGAGCUUCCGUCAUAGUGGUUCCCUUACUUUCCAUAAAAGGAUCCAUACUGGGGAGAAACCGUAUAAAUGUUCUGAAUGUGGAAAGAGCUUCAGGCGGAGCAAUGACCUAAUUUGCCAUACACAGAUUCACACAGGAGAGAAGCCAUAUAAAUGCAUGGACUGUGGGAAAAGCUUCUGUGAAAAUGGGUCUCUUACUAUCCAUAAAAGGAUCCACACAGGAGAGAAGCCAUAUAAAUGUUUGGAGUGUGGGAAGAGUUUCAGAAGAAGCAGUCAAUUUACUUCCCAUAAGUGGAUCCAUACAGGGGAAAAGCCAUAUAAAUGCAGUGUGUGUGGAAAGGGCUUCUGUGAAAAUGCAUCCCUUCUGAAACAUGAAAGGAUCCACACAGGGGAAAAGCCAUAUAAAUGCAGAGAGUGUGGAAAGACCUUCAUUCAGAGCAGUCAUCUUACUUCCCAUAAAAGGAUCCACACAGGGGAGAAGCCAUAUAAAUGUAGAGAGUGUGGAAUGAGUUUCAGUAGGUGUGGUUCCCUUACUUUCCAUAAAAGAAUCCACACAGGGGAGAAACCAUAUAAAUGCAUGGAGUGUGGAAAGAACUUUACUAAAAAGAGUGUACUUAUUUCCCAUAAAAGAAUUCAUACAGGAGAGAAGCCAUAUAAAUGUGUGGAGUGUGGAAAGGCCUUCAGUCAACAGGGUAAUCUUACUUCUCAUGAAAGGAUGCACAGUGGAGAGAGGCCUUACAAAUGUCGAGAGUGUGGAAAGAGCUUCUCUGAAAAUGCAUCACUUACGAAGCACAAAAGGACCCACACGGGGGAAAAACCAUAUAAUUGUUUUGAGUGUGGAAAAGGCUUUGGUACUAGUAGUAAUCUUAAUUCCCAUAAAAGGAUCCAUGCAGGGGAGAAGCCAUAUAAAUGCAUGGAGUGUGGAAAGAGCUUCACUAAUAGCAGCCAACUUACUUCCCAUAACUGGAUCCACACAGGAGAGAAGCCAUAUAAAUGUGUGAAGUGUGGAAAGGCCUUCAGUCAACAGGGUAAUCUUACCUCCCAUGAAAGGAUGCACAGUGGGGAGAGACCUUAUAAAUGCCCAGAGUGUGGAAAGAGCUUUUCUGAAAAUGCAUCCCUUACAAAACAUAUAAGGAUCCACACUGGGGAAAAACCAUACAACUGCUUGGAGUGCGGAAAGGGUUUUAGUACUAGUAGUAAUCUUAAUUCUCAUAAAAGAAUCCAUGCAGGGGAGAAGCCAUAUAAAUGCAUGGAAUGUGGAAAGACUUUUACUCAAAGCAGUAAUCUUACUUCCCAUAAAAGAAUCCACACAGGCGAUAAACCAUAUAAAUGCAUGGAGUGUGGAAAGGGCUUCUGUGAAAGUGCACCUCUUAUGAGACAUAAAAGGAUCCAUACAGAAGAGAAGCCAUAUAAAUGCAUGGAGUGUGAAAAGGGUUUCUGUCAAAAGUCAUCUCUUAUGAGACAUAAAAGAACCCACACGGAGAACAAGCAGUAUAAAUGCGAAGAAUGUGGAAAGAGUUUCAAGACAACGAAUGACCUAAUUUCCCAUACACAGAUCCAUUUGGGUGAGAAUCUAUGUAAAUUUUUGAUUUGAUUAAAUCUGCAUUUCCAAUUUGUGUAUGCUGAACUAAUGAAGCUACAGUUUUAAGUCUGACCCUCACAGCUGAUGGUACCAGGGAGAUGAAUUAACCAAUGGGGAAAAAAAGCAUGGGUAUGUCUGUUUUAAUUACCGUAUGUUAACUUUUAAAUAAUUAUGCUUAAUUGAGUGUAUCCAACCCUCUUUAUGCGCGUCUUUGACUGUAAGAAAGUUGAUUUCAUAAUUAUGAACAGUGGAUUUUUGAAAGUACUGCCAUUUGAAAGUGGCUGUUGCUAUUGCACAUCAA